AUGAUUGCUGGGCUCGCGAGCCAUGGGAGGUCGCAAGACGCUCUUAAGUUGUUCGGUAGGAUAGGAGAAUUGGGAUUCAAGCCUGAUGAGAAAACAAUUACCGCCGUACUCUCUGCGUGUAGGAACUCGGGCUUAGUUGCUGAAGGGUACAAGAUUUAUAACAACAUGCGUAAAUUUGGGCUGAAGCCUAAGAUUCAGCAUUAUGGAUGCAUGGUGGAUUUGCUAGCUCGAGCGGGGCAGUUGAAAGAGGCUGAAGGGUUUAUAAGAAGGAUGCCCGUUAAGCCUGAUUCACUUUUGUGGAGGAAUUUGAUCUGGGCUUCGAGAUUUCAUAAAGAUAUGGAUCGAGCAAAGCGAUUGAUUGAGGAAACUAAGCAUCUUAAAUUAGAUUCAGGCAAUGGCGAUAGCUACAUUUUGAAGGGAAAUGUGUAUGCUUCUGAUAAGAAUUGGGAAGAGAGAGCGCGAGUUAGAGAUUUGAUGAUGAAGCAAAAUGUUCGAAAAAUGCCAGGGUGCAGUAGGAUUGAAAUGAAAGGAGUGUUUCAUGAGUUUGAGGCAGGAGAUAGAAAACACCCCGAGAGGGAACAAAUAUAUCGAAAAUGGGAGGAAAUUGCAGAGAGGUUGAAGAUUGAAGGUCACAAGCCGAAGUUCUCUGAAGUUUUGCUUGACGUUGAGGAUGAGGAGAAGGCCUUGCAAUUGAAUCAUCACAGCGAGAAGCUCGCUGUGGCGUUUGGAUUGAUGAAUACAAGCCCAGGAGAGGAUAUCUUGAUUGUCAAGAACUUGAGGGCUUGUAAAGAUUGUCAUGAUGCGAUGAAACUCAUAUCAAGAAUCUACGAUAGAAAGAUUAUCGUUAGGGAUCGGAUCAUGUUUCAUCAUUUCAGCAAUGGCUCAUGUUCUUGUAACGAUUAUUGGUGA